AUGAUGAACGACGUGGCUCGGUGUGGGCCUCCUCUUCACCUUUCAUAUGAGCCGCUGAUUGGUCACUCACAGGCCGCCGAAUAUUUUUGGAAGAACCUUGGAAGCUUGACCACCAAGUCCACCCAGACAGGUACCCAGCCAUACCACCACCAUCACCACCACCACCUCUCUGACUUCCUCGAUCUUUUUUUUUUAAUUUCUGAAAGAAGAUCAGCAACUCAAACAAUCACCAAAAUGUCCUCCUCCCUCGCCCUCGACCAAGCCGACAUCGAGAAGCUCAACGACAAGGACAAGGCCGAGCUCCGCCAGUUCUUCGCCAACGAGGAGCAAAAGAGCAAGAUCCAGAGCCAAUCCCACGCCCUCACCUCCCUCUGCUGGAAAAAGUGCAUGGCCUCCUCCUCCACCUUCAAGUCGGGCGCCCUCGACGGCACGGAAAAGGCCUGCCUCGCCAACUGCGUUGAGAGGUUCAUGGACGUCAACAUGGCUACUGUUAGGCAGCUGGCUGGCAUGGGGGGACGUCACUAGAAACAGCAAGACUUCUUCUUUUGGAAUGAUUUGAAAUCACCCAACCCCACCACGAUCAUGAAUGAGGAUUCGACAAUGCGGAGAUGGAGGACAUGUUAUGGCACAUGGGCAGACCAAGGG